GCAAUAUACGACAUGCUCGGAGCAUGCUCGAGCAACAGACCGGCAGAUAGCGCGGAAGAAAGAGCGAAGAACAUCUUCGCGAGAAUGGACGAAAAUAAUGACGGUCAACUUACCGAGGAGGAAUUUUUGAAAGGUUGCCUUCAAGACGAGGAACUUUCAAAAAUGCUGGCCCCUUAAUUUCCUCUCUCUCUCUCUCUCU